AUGUCAAUUGACCAUGAAGAAUUGGUCCAAGAAAUUGAAGCCAUUGAAGCUAUAUAUCCAGAUUUAUUAAUUAGCAAAUUGGAUGAUUGUAGUAUAAUCAGAAUGAAAGUUCCUCAACAUGAGUAUGUCACAGUUCAAAUAUCAUUCCCUAAGGAAUAUCCAUCUGUAAAAGCACCAAAUGUGCUUGAAGUGAAUAUAAAUAAAAAUGGUACGUAUGAUCAAAAGUAUAUAUUGCAUUUAUUUCAAGAGGUUAUGGAUUCUGUAUAUCAUCAACAAUCAGUCUGUGUAUUUGACUUCCUGACUGAACUAGAUGGUGUAUUGUACAUAGAAGAUGAAGAUGAAGACAUCGAUCACCAGAGCACUGAGGAAAUAAUUUCAAUAGAUCCAUUUGAAGGUUGGGUAGCCUCUGAACCUAUCACUGAUAGAAAAUCUACAUUCAUGGGGUUCUGCAUACAUGUUAAUUCUGAAGAAGAAGCAUUUGCAAAAUUGGAACAAUUGAAGACAGAUCCUAAAAUCAGGAAAUCACAUCAUGUCAUGUCAGCAUGGAGAGUAAAGCAAGAUGCUAUUGCCUUCCAAGAUUCAGACGAUGAUGGUGAGACAGCGGCUGGCUCUAGAAUGUUGCAUUUGGUGACUAUUAUGGAUGUGUGGAACGUGAUGGUGGUAGUGGUACGUUGGUUUGGUGGUAUCCACUUAGGCCCUGAUAGAUUUAAGCAUAUCAAUUCAACAGCAAGAGAAGCUGUCCUUAAGGCAGGUUUCAAAAGAAACACUUGA